AUGGGAGUCGACCCGAGAAACCCUCCCCCGUUACCCGCUCCGACCGAAACCGAAUCCCUUACCGCUCCCACCGAAGUCGCCGCAUCCGAUGUUUCUAAACCUGCCGACGACGACAGAUCCCAUUAUUCCCUCCCAGACGACGGAACACCUGUUACCAUCAAGACCCGCGGCCAUAGGCCUAACCGCUCGCAAACUUCCCUCUUGAUUGAAUAUUUCGAAGGCGGCAAAAGUAGUACUUCUGCUGGCUCGGCUUCUACUGAGCGCAAACCUAGCGUUCGUGUACGCCUAACUCCCUCUAAAACUCGAGGGAGAAACGACCACAUUCAGAUCACCGAGACUAAAAGUACAAGACGAAGGUCUCAAUCGAGGAAAGCAAGCGGAAGCCCCAACGUCACUCGAAGUGAAUUAGAUAUGACGGACCCAGAAGACGCGAGGAGUAUGCACUCCUACGCUUCUGCUACCGAAGAGUCCAAUGUCUCUCGCAACCCUAUUGAGGUUGAGAUUGACCCAAGAAGCCACCAUCGUCGUCGGAAGGUAUCAAGCCCGUUGAUACCUGCUACAGAUAGCAAGGCCUCGACGUACCAGCCGCCGAACAUGUCCGAUAUUUCGGCCAUCCCUAGUGAUAGUUUCCUUGAUGGCUCUGGUGGCAACUCACUCGCGUUUAAUGAGAAGCGUGCUCGAAGUCCAGUGCGCAACGAACCUGUCCUGACUGCUGCCGCUAGCGAGAAGGUGAACCGAAAAGUCAGAAGCUCGAGUCAUGAUCGAAGUGUCAUGCAAAAGGCGGUUGAGAAGGCAAGUAAGCCUGAAAGAAGACAUAAGUCGAAGAGUAGAGCAGGGUCUGGAGAAAAAGAUGAAAGACGCAGGUCUAAAGGAAGUAAUAAGGAAUCUGUUGUCUCAGCCGCCGACUCCAGCAAUUUAUCAUCACAACUAACACCCAGCCACCACUCAUAUAAUUCACAUUCCUCCUCUAAAGUAUCCAUUAAUAAUCCGAAACUACUUGAAACUGUCGAAGACGCCAUCCGACGACUUAUCCUACCAGAGCUAGAUGCUAUUAAAAGAGAACGAAGCCAACGAGACUCACGAAGGCCUAAAGAUCGAGAGUCAUUAUCGAGUCUCACAUCAGCGUCUCGCGAAGAAAUUUCCCUGUCAAGCAAGAGGAAAUCCGCUGAAACAACCCAGUCCACCAAAUCAAAGGACAGACGGGAUCGAGAAGCCAGAAAUGACCUCUCACCUCAGAGUAGCAUUGAGCACGUUUCUGUUGUGGAAGACGUGGAAGAUGACGAUCUCACGCCACGUCGCAAUCGUGACAUCCUUGCCGACGCUGCCUUAGGUGCCGCAGUUGCUGGUGCCACCCUACGAUCUAGGUCUAGAGGUGAUGAAAAGAGGCAACGAAGGAGGAGGCGAGCAGAAACGCCGAAACGUGAUAAUGGCGAAAGACACGCUGAUGACUACGAGGAAGUUGAGCAAGAAGUGGUACCGCCAAUGCCUCUCCAGAGUGAAAUCAACCCAUCCGAUAUGACCCGAACUUCUAUACUAUCAGCAGACACGGAUAGACCUCAUUCCGCGACUGAGGAGAUGACACCCGUCAGGGAAGUCAGAAGAGGUAUCCCAUCGAUGGAAUCCCUCCAGAGAACUCCAUCCCCGUCGAGGUCGCCGACACACACAAUCCAAGGUUUGGGUACUCAACAUGCCAACGUCUCCCAUGGCGAUCUCAAAGCACUUCCCCGAAAAGGAAUGUCCGAAUAUUACGAUCAAUACGAGGACCAAUACAGAGACCAGUAUGCAGGGCAAGAUCAAGGUGAAUUCAAUGACGAAUUUGACGAAGCCGGUCAUCUUUCCGAGCCAGGCAUGUAUGAGGAUGAGCCGCCGUUACAAUCCUUCUACGGAUCGCAAGACGUCCCGGCGCCAUUGCGCUAUGUUCCCUAUCAGCAGGAAAGGCGUGGUCUAAGCCCAAUCCAGAGCGUAUCAGGAUUAACGGAAGGGGAAAGUGAUAUACACGGCUAUCGAGACUCGAGGAAUCUCCAAACCGCGAGCGAACUUUCGUCCCCAGAGAAGUCGGCGCUUCACGAACGAGACCUUCACUCACCGAGUUCGGUUCCUAGUAACCUCCGAAGCUGUGAAUUUGUCGACGAGGGUAGCAGUGUAAGAAGCUCGGCGCUUGAUUAUAGAAAUACAACAUACACCGAAGACAGUGAAUUGGACCGCGUAACUUCGGGACAAGCAGUUCAUGUCGUUGGUGGAAAUCCUGAAAUGGUACACCAGAACUUUGCCCCCGAAUCCGCGGUAGCAUCUCUGGUCGAAGGUUCUCAGCUUGACCCAUCUGUCUUGAGCGGUUCUACCGGUCCUCGACAAGAUUACCGCGACUCACAAUUGUCGUAUGACGACGAAGGCGCAAGAGAAAGCGGAUCAAGGGGAGUGAGCCCAGCUAAACGCUCGGUUGAGAGCCGACACGAAAUAGUCGAGCAGCGACAAGAACAUUCCCCGGCAUCAUCUAGGGAACGUGACCCAUCAACCGCCUCUAGGGAGUUCUCGGAGUAUGAACUCGACGAAUAUGGACGAAAAGUCCCCCAUUCCAAGUACCGCAGCUCGCCAACCGCUUCCGAGAGCGCUAUCACAAGCGUAGCUCUCCAGCGAGCCGCAGCCGCAGCGCUCAAGCGUAAGGCCGUAGGCAGUGGGCAGAACCUUAACGUUGAAGUUAAUGAUGGCGAAUUUGUUGGCGAAGGUGUUCAACGAAAUCGAUCUUUCAAGGAACGAGCUAAGGAUGGUUACCGCCCAGAUGCCACCCCGCGUCAUAGCGUCGACCGCCUUUCGGAUUAUGACCGGCCGAGGAUGGAGGCUAGCGGCCUUCCAGACUUAUCUAAUCCCAUGCCAGAAAUUGGCUAUGGCUACGAGGAACAAACUCCCUCAAUCGUGCAAGGACCCCUUGGCGGAUCCCAACACGGAAGCAGAGAACACUGGCCAGCAGAGCCAACCCCUACCCAGGAUAGGUCGUAUGCUUAUGACCGCGCCGUAACGCCAAAAGCAAGCAGGCAAGACAACGGCCACGGUCUUGGAAUCGACGACGCAGCUGCUGCUGCCACAUUUGCGACAGCAGGAGCUUUUGCUACAUCACACAGCCGACAACCUAGCCAAGAUCAAGAUGACGAAUGGCAGAGGACUUCUGGUGAUCGUAAGCGAGACACACUAGUAACAAACCCUUAUGAGGGUGCUAGCCCGAUUGCCAACCUUCCUGGUCUAGAUGGUAACAUGUUGGGUGCGACUGGCUUUGGUGCAGAUACCUACCGAGGCGGCUUUCACACCGGUAGCCCCGGAAUAACAGGAGGCGACGAAGGCUAUAUCUCUGCGGCGCCGAAUGAUGUUCGCGAUGGGCCCACUACAAAGGGUAAAGAUGUUGGAAUGUUAAAUCAAACCAAUCUCAAUGAUAUUGUUGAGGACCCGUUCUACGCUCCGAAGGAUGCGAGACAUCUUGCAGGCCUUUCCCAGGCCAUGGGCACACCACUAUACGACCCUGCUACGGGAACCGGAAUCGAUAGGAUCCAAUCAAAGGACAUCAUUGCUUUGAUGGAACACCUUAUGGUUCGCGACGCUCAGCGAAGUGCUAGAGAUACCGAAAUUCUUGUUACGCUUGUCCGAUCCGCGGCCGAUAUGCGCAACUCCUUCGAGGAUAUUAAGAGAAUGCUGGCCGAUAGUGAAGACCAGAUUAUUAAUGAAGUUAAGGACAACACGGAGAAGACAGUCAAGCGUCACAUAGGAGGACCUCGACCCUUCCCGGGCAGCAGCGCACGAUCGAUCCAAGGUGGUUCUCAAGCUGGUACAGAGGACGCACAAGUCAAGAAGCGCAACCUACUUCGAAGAGCUCUUCAAGGCCUUGGCUCUAAGGGUGCUAAUGACCUCGGCAGAAUAGAGGAUCUACUCAACCAACUGCUGGAUGAUGUCAACGUUCUCAAGCACCAAACUGCCGGCCCGAUCGGAAUGAGCACCCGAGCCCAGUCGAUUGAUAACAUGCAGCCGGAAAUCCAGUACGAGCAGGACCGAGGCUAUGAGCCCGAAGGCCAUGCUGGUACUUCAACCGCCAGCCAUGCAAGCCAGUCAGGACAUCUAUCGAUACCACCUCAAUCACGUGGAACGUCCAACAGAUUAGGCAAUGAACGCAAGUUCUCUGAUCACCGCAUUAGCACGGUGCCCGAAGACGAGGGCGAAUACAAUGAUCCUUCCGCACCACCAGCAAGCCAGUACGAGAUGCAUGGGGGUAUGUUGUCUCCCCACGAAGAUAGGCCAAGAGGUGGCUCGGUGCCCUUAGGUACUCCUCCACAAUCACGGGGACAAAAUUACUCAAUGAGUAACGAGAACACACCUAGGACAGAUGAGAGCAAGAAACACAAACGAGGCUCAUCCAGUUUCUUCCCUAAGAUUUCCCGAUGGUCCGAAACGACGACAUCAAGCCUAGGACGAGUCUUCCGUAGUAGUGGUAAUUCUAAGAAGCACGACCCUCCUGAGGAAUUUCUCCAGCACCCUCCCUCUCGAUCCGCUUCAGAUCUAGGCAACUAUGACCAAUUCCAGCCCCCAAACGUAUACGAGGGCGACAAAUUACAUACGGGAUUUUCGGAGCAAGAUCUCCGCCCAGCAACAAUGGACGAUAACUUGCCUGACACAGCUUCCAUGCAUCAACACCAAAUGCAACAACAAAUGCAACAGCAACAGCAACAACACACUCAACAACAAGAACAAACACCUUCUGCGCCCGCUACUUACGGCACCCCAGAAGAUCCCAAGUAUAAGGCUCAUCGAAACUCCUUGAACCUACAGCACCCGCAACCCCGACCGUGGCGGAUGGAACGCUUUGGGACGGCUUUGGAGAGCUCUGCGCAAGAGUACGACACGCCAAUGUCUCCAAAGUCAGCCGACUGGGCUGGCUCAGCCACUUCUCUCACUAGAUUCCCUGCCCAAAACACCAAUCGAUACAGUGACAACAGUGCUAUGAACUCUGGUCAUGGAGGUGACGACUAUAACUGGCAAGAGAUGACCUCGCCUAGCCCACAAGGGCCCCCACGACCCCCCAAAGAGCCGCUCGAAGGCCACUCUCCAUCAAUCUCGCAAACACCACCGCAACACGAAAGGGUAAAUAAGCUUCAGAAGCAGAACAGCCCCCUUCCAUAUCACAGUGUUGAAAGCGGCUAUGGCACAGCUACGGCAACGCACGCCGGUAGCUACCACUCUGGUAGCCCGAAACCAGAGAACAGAAACCUUAGUGGCGCACUAGGUGUCCCAACUAGAAGGCCUAGUGGACCUCGAGCCAUGACUCCUAGCCGAGGUAGUGAGGAUGGAGAGAGGGACGAGAGACGAAGGAAGAGAGAUACAUUUGGCACUGUGGCCAGCCCUUCGAGCGCUGUCAGCCAAGAGUCUGAGACAUUUUAG